UGUAUCUAUGUAUAUAUGAGUAACAGAAAGAAAGAAAGAAAAAAAAGAGUCCUUGAAGUCUCCAGUCUCAUUUGCUGUUUGACGCUGCAGAAGAAAGACAGAAAGAAGCUGAAAGAUGAAGACUUUGGCCGUCCUGGUUCUCUGCUCUCUGGCUGUCAUCUGUCUGACUUCAGAUGCCUCCCAGCCUGCCGGUGACAACCCUGCUCAGGAGGGUUUGUUUGUGGAGCAGGAGCAGGCGUCCACAGUGGUGAGACAGAAAAGAGCUGCGGGAGAGUUAACCCUGUUCCAGCUGGAGAGCCUGAGAGAGGUCUGUGAGGCCAACCUAGCUUGUGAGCACAUGAUGGACACAAAUGGAAUCAUCGCAGCCUACACCGCCUACUACGGACCGAUCCCCUAUUAGACACCAAAACCAUGACAACUAAUUACUGUCUUUUCUAUAAUUUGCAAUAUCACCUGAGCUCAACUUGUCUUUGCAGUUACACAAAAAAUAGCAUGAGAAAAAAAAUUCACAAAGUGUGCCAGUGUGUAAAAUCUGUUACACAAAUAUAAACGAGAGAGAUGUGGGGAUAAAGAUGUGAGCAGAUGUGUGAGCAGGAGGAGUGAUGCUGACAUGUGACUUUAUUUUUCCACUCUGCAUAGACCCACGGAACUGUCUCUAAUCCUGUCCUUUCAGCCAGCCUGUAGAGUAGUGUGAUGAAAUUAAAUAAAGAUGAA